AGAGAAAGUAGUAGCGAGUGAGGGACUGUAUCAUGAGAUCUGAUAUCUUUCUCUCAAGCCUUUUUUUUUUUUUUUUUUUCUUUUCUGAAUAUUCCUUUUUGCAGUGAUCUUGAUUUGGUUCAGUUCAAUUAAAUCAGAUUUUUAGUCUCUCAAGAAACGUUGUCCAUUCGAGAUUCGUUUUAUUAUUCUAGUAUUAGUAUAUUUUUUUUAUUUGAUCGAAUCAAGGAAGUUAGACUUGGACUUAUGAAGACUUGAAGCUUCGAUCUGGUUGGUAGAUUCUCUUACUAUCGGUCUCCUGGUUUUUUUAUGCUCGUGCUGACGAAGAUGGCAAGUUCAUAUCGGAGAAUUUCAUACGUUUGAAUCGAAAACGUGGUGUUUUCACUGUGGAUUGGAUCAGAAAGAGGGGGUUCUGAUUAGUUCAAAGCUUAAGUCUCUCGAUUGCUGUUCUUAUUUGAAGAUUGGAUGGCAUGUUUGAUGCGAAAAGGAGGAGUUUUGAAUCUGGAAAGCUCAUCUUUUGACUGAACGUUUACUUACGGCUAAAGCAGUUCAUGCGAUUUCGGCGUCAGUGAGUUGAGUGAAAGGGGAAACGCUUUAGGUUCUCAUAUUAAGAUGGGUUGUCAGUGCUCAAAGUACACACCAUGUUGUUGGGGUUCACAAUCUAAAGGAUCGGUUCUGGAGGCUCCUGAUAUUGCAGAGAAUGAGGAGAAAAGUGAGGCUGAUGACUUGCCUGCAUUCCGUGAGUACACUUUUGAGCAGCUUAGGAUUGCUACAUCUGGGUUUGCUGGAGAGAACAUUGUGUCUGAACAUGGGGAAAAAGCACCAAAUGUUGUCUACAAAGGGAAGCUGGAGAACCAAAGGCGUAUCGCUGUUAAGCGAUUUAAUAGGAUGGCUUGGCCUGAUGCGCGGCAGUUCUUGGAGGAUGCAAGAUCCGUUGGUCAGCUUCGCAAUCACAGAUUGGUGAAUCUACUUGGUUGUUGCUGUGAAGCUGACGAGAGAUUGCUUGUGGCAGAAUAUAUGCCCAAUGAUACGCUUGCAAAACACCUAUUUCAUUGGGAAAAUCAGCCUAUGAAAUGGGCAAUGCGAUUAAGAGUGGCUUUACAUCUUGCACAGGCUCUGGAAUACUGUACCGGCAAAGGACGCCCCCUUUAUCAUGAUCUUAAUGCUUACAGAAUAUUAUUUGAUGAUGAUGGUAAUCCCAGGCUUUCAUCCUAUGGCCUGAUGAAGAAUAGUAGGGAUGGAAAAAGUUAUAGCACAAACUUGGCAUUUACUCCUCCAGAAUAUUUGAGAACCGGAAGAGUGACACCAGAAAGUGUAAUAUACAGUUUCGGCACCCUUUUGCUGGACCUUCUCAGUGGAAAACAUAUUCCUCCCAGUCGUGCUCUUGACCUGAUACGUGACAGGAACAUUCAGAUGCUGACAGAUUCUUGCUUGGAAGGACAAUUUUCAAAUGAUGAUGGAACCGAGCUAGUACGCUUAGCAUCUCGGUGUUUACAAUAUGAGCCUCGGGAACGGCCAAAUCCGAAGUCAUUGGUGGCUGCUUUGACUCCUCUUCAGAAGGAAACUGAGGUUCCUUCUCAUGUGUUGAUGGGUAUAGCACAUAGUGGUGAAAUGAUGCCUCUGUUCCCCCUUGGUGAAGCUUGCUCACGAAUGGACCUGACUGCCAUACACGAGAUAUUAGAUAAGAUUGGCUACAAAGAAGAUGAAGGAACAGCAAAUGAGCUGUCAUUCCAAAUGUGGACCAACCAAAUGCAGGAGACAUUGAACUCAAAGAAAAAGGGUGAUGUUGCUUUCCGAUACAAAGACUUUAGGGCUGCAAUUGAAUGCUAUACUCAGUUCAUUGAUGUUGGAACCAUGGUUUCUCCCACAGUCUAUGCACGCCGUAGCCUGUCUUAUCUCAUUAGUGACAUGCCCCAGGAAGCUCUGAAUGAUGCGGUGCAAGCCCAAGUUAUUUUCGCUGCUUGGCAUAUUGCAUCCUAUCUGCAAGCUGCUGCUCUCCGUGCACUAGGAAUGGAACAUGAAGCUCAAGUAACACUCAAAGAGGCUACAGCCCUUGAAGCGAAAAGGAAUGCGGCUGCUGGACAUUAGGUUUCAAGUGACUGGUGGAUGCAUGGAGCUCUCAAUGACUUCUUAUAUAGCUGCCUUUUCUUGGAGUGAUUGUAACGCCUUCUGGGCAGAAUGAUUGGGGCCUUGUUGGAUUGCAAAAAUUCAAUGGUACAGUGCUUUGAAUCACAAGGUAACCUCGUAAUUUUUUCAUGCCACCUCCGCCAUGGGGCAGUUUCUGUUGGUUCUUCAAGGCAUUCUUGGCAAAUCUUUUGGAUGGGUGGUAGGUUCUGGUCAUUCAUAGUAGUCCUGAGUGGGGCUUUCCAUUUUUCUUUUUUACCUAUUGACCAGAUCAUUCCCCUCGAACAGUGUAUCAGUUCUUUUUUCUCAGGUCAGAUGCUCUUGCAACAACUUGCAUGUUUAUGGUCUUGCCUGCCAAAUUUUACAAAACACAGGCAACAGGGGAAUGGAAUACUGUUCAAAACUUGUAAUUUGUGUACAGAAACUGGUUCUGGUUUGCUUUGGUGGUGUUAAAUUGGUUGCUAUUGUAUUUUUUUGUUUCGGGUCGUUCCUUUUUGACAUUGAACUGACAUGGUUUUUAUGAUUAUGUUAAUAAAGUUUAUGGCCAUGGAAAGAA